AUGGUCCCUGGUUCCAAAACUGAGGGUGGCACUGGUACCCACUUGCUGUCUGCCAGGGUGCGCAAAACCAUUCAAUCCAUCAAGGAAAUCGUGGGGAAUCAUUCAGAUGCUGAUAUCUAUGUCGCCCUCAAGGAAACCAACAUGGAUCCUAACGAAACCACUCAGAAAUUGCUCAACCAAGAUCCAUUUCAUGAGGUGAAGAGAAGGAGAGACAGAAAGAAAGAGACUCAAAAUGUUGGAAACAAUGGUUCAGCUGACUCACAAAGGCCAUCUGAGAAUAAUAGUGGUCAAGGAAUGAAAUUUCACACCCCUUCUGAACACAAUUUUCGAAGAACAAACUAUUCUCGUAGUACUUUACAUGGCAUCAGCAGAGAGUUCCGUGUUGUAAGAGACAACAGAGUAAAUCAUAUAUACAAAGAAGUAAAGCCUCUUUCACCGCAGCACUCAACAUCUGCCAGUGAGCAGUUAAAUGUAAACACAUCUGAAAAGGGCACAUCAGCUUCCAUCAGUCAUAGGUCCUCUGGCGCUAGGAAUUCAUCCCAAGCACUGAAUGGUCCUUCUGAUUCGCAUGCUAGAUACCUGAAAGAUGCUCUUCCAAAUACCAUUGAUAGAAAAAUUGCAUCUGAGGACAAGGAUAAGGAUAAGCAAGGCAACAAUUCAAAUGCAGCAGGACGGGUGCAACCAAUUAAGCCUAACAACAUCCAUCAAAAUCCUGCAACAGUGGCAUCAAGCAGUUCUGCUGUUGGGGUGUAUUCCUCUUCAACUGAUCCAGUUCAUGUGCCCUCUCCUGAUUCUAGAUCAUCAGGUGUGGUUGGAGCAAUUAGGCGUGAAGUUGGGGUUGUUGGUGUUCGGAGACAGUCUUCAGACCACAAAGUAAAACAAUCAUUUGCUCCUAGUAGCUCUUAUGUUGUGGGAAAAGAUGGUACAUCUGCAGAUUCUUUUCAAUCAGUUGCCGCUUUCUCAAAGACUGAACAAUUUAGUCAAACUAAUGUAACUGAACCUUCAUUAUCUGGUGUGCCAGUUAGCAGACCGUCUGUGAACAACCAGUAUAAUAAUAGACCACAUCAACAACUUGUGGGACAUCAAAGAGUUUCCCAACAAAAUAAAGAAUGGAAGCCUAAAUCUAGCCAGAAGUCAAACAGUAAUAAUCCUGGAGUAAUUGGAACCCCAAAAAAGGCUUCUGCUUCUGCUUCACCUCCAGCAGAAAAUUCGAGAGAUAUAGAAUCAGAUGCAGCAGAGCUUCAAGAUAAACUUUCAGAAGUAAAUAUAUAUGAGAACCAAAAUGUGAUUAUAGCACAGCAUAUUCGAGUUCCAGAGACUGAUCGCCGUCGGCUUACCUUUGGUACCAUUGGGACUGAACUUGAUUCUUCAAGGCUUCAACCUAAGUAUCACAUAACAGGAGCCUCUGAAAAAUUAAAUGAGGAAUUGGCUGCAAGCUUGACAGUAACUGCUCCAGAGUUGUCCCCUGAUGAUGUUUCUGGGAGCAAACAGGUGGACUUAAGGGAUGAACACAUUAGAAAUUCUGGGUCUGACUCUCCAGUAUCUGGUGCUGCUUCUGAGCAACAAUUGCCCGAUAACAAAGACUCUUCAAACACUCAGAAUCUGGACAAUUAUGCCAACAUUGGGUUGGUUCGUGAAAGCAGUCCACCCUAUGCACCUUCAGAAUCUCAGCAGCAAGAUUCUCAUGAUAUGCCAGGCUUUGCGGCGUAUGAUCCUCCAACUGGGUAUGAUAUUCCUUAUUUCAGACCUACAAUUGAUGAAACUGUACGAGGGCAGAGUUUGUCAUCUCCUCAGGAGGCUUUGAUCUCCCAUGCAACCAAUAAUACUCCUGCUUCCACAAUUGCCAUGGUACAACAACAGCAACCUCCUGUGCCGCAGAUGUAUCCACAAGUUCAUGUUUCUCACUUUGCUAAUCUUAUGCCAUAUCGUCAGUUUCUGUCCCCGGUUUAUGUUCCACCUAUGGCAAUGCCUGGAUAUUCGAGUAAUCCUCCCUACCCUCACCCAACCAAUGGCAACAGUUACCUGUUAAUGCCUGGAGGUGGUUCCCAUCUCAAUGCCAACAACCUCAAAUAUGGAGUUCAACAGUUCAAGCCUGUGCCUGCUGGAAAUCCUACAGGGUUUGGAAAUUUUGCUAGUCCAACUGGGUAUGCCAUGAUAACUCCCAGUGUGGUUGGUGGUGCAACAGCUUUAGAAGAUUCAUCUCGAGUCAAGUACAAGGAUAAUCUUUAUGUCCCAAAUUCUCCGGCUGAGACAUCAGAAAUUUGGUUACAAAAUCCAAGGGAUCUUCCUGGAAUGCAAUCUGCUCCAUACUAUAACUUGCCAGGGCAAACACCUCAUGCAGCUUACAUGCCUUCACAUACUGGUCAUGCUUCCUUCAAUGCAGCUGCAGCUCAGUCUUCUCACAUGCAGUUCCCUGGCAUGUACCACACUCCUCCACAGCCAGCUGCCAUUGCUAGUCCUCACCAUUUAGGAGCACCAACUAUUGGCAGCAAUGUUGGAGUUGGGGUGGCUGCAGCUGCUCCAGGAGCACAGGUUGGUGCAUAUCAGCAGCCCCAAUUGGGCCACAUCAAUUGGACAACCAAUUUCUGA